AUCCAAAAUGGUCGUAUGUGUAAGAUAAAUUACCGUGUUUUUUUUUAUUUGUAAAUCGAAAGCGGAAGUAAAAUAAAAUGAAUAGAAACGAUUUUACGUUGUUUAUUAAUGUCGUUGAUCUAUUCUAAAUGUGUGUAUGUGUGUGUGUUUUCCUAUGGAGAGAUUAAAAGAUCUACAAACAGAUAAUCAGCAUGCCUAUGUCAGAAAUGGUAGACACUCAGGAUGUAUCUGAAUGGGAUUUUGUGGGAAGGAAACUCGACUUUCGCAAUUUUGAUCAAGCUUGGAGUAAGCACAAACUGUUUGGAAUAUUUGGUAUCAGAUCUGUUGGAAAAUCAAGGUGUGUCAGGGAAUACAUAAAAUCGAAACAAUGUCACGUGACACAUGUAGAACUCCAGUACAUAGACUGUAUAGAGUCCUUACACUCUAAUAUAUGUGCUCUGCUUGGGCUAGAACCAAACCCUAAUUCCACAGAGACAGACCAGUGGAUCAAAGAAAUAAUUUCGGCUGUUGCGCACGCGUCAAAGAAUGAAGGUUUUGUGGUUUUCUUUGAUAACGCAGAGAAUGUUAUAGAAAGUCCUUUCAAAGAUAAGUUUUUAUUGUUACUGACUAAACUUGUAAAGGGAUGCCGCAAGAUAAAGAUAUUCGUUACAUCAACCACACGCAUCCAGUUCAGUCAGUUUCGGUUCUUCACACACGAGGUACAUCCGUUGGUCCCGAGUGAGGCCAAAGAGUUACUACAGACAGUUGCUCCUGAUGUUGACCUCGGAGAAUACGGUGAUGUUAUUGUCAAGCUCAGUGAAGGUUUACCACUGAUGUUGCUGAUGAUUGGUGCUGAGCUGAAGGAAGAUGACGGACUACUUUCACCGGCAGAUAUGGUGGAACUGUUGUGCAAAUGUCGUCUGGAAACACUGAGUAACGAGUUUUACCCAGAGGAAGACAGAGUAGGUGAUGUGUACAGAAACUUUAUUCUUCGAUUAUCCGGGGAGUUUCAAAGUCACCUGACAGAGUUAGACUACAUACCUGGUUCUUUUAAUGUUCAAGAAGCUGGCGGUCUUCUUGGUAUUGAGACAGAGGCAAUGACGAAACAAACUGCAAUAAUACCUAUCAGAAGAAAACACAUGCUCAAUUACGAUCCAGAAAACAGGCGCUUUAAUAUUCAGGGGAUCCUCCGUGAAGUAUUAAAUGCCAAUUUUGCCAUUAAAGAUCUACCUGAGUUGCGGAAGAAAUACUGCAAGGUGUUUACAGAUGUUAUGAAGAAGAUAUCAGAGCAAAUGGGAACAGACGAAUAUACAAGAGCAUUUUCAGAAUUUGCAGUUGAACAACCAAAUCUGCAGAAACUUCUUGGAGAUGUUGAGUACACUAGAGAGGACACGUACCAUUUCUUCAUAGAAAUUGUGUCUUCAUACACGCCUGUCAUUGAGACAUUCAUGUCGCGUGAGAGUGACACGUUCUAUGAUGCGUGUCUGAGAUUAACAGAUAUGUAUGGUAAAACAAGAGAUAAAGCGGUUGUACAUAUAGCUGUUGGCAGUAUGGCCACCAACACAAAAGGUGAUUUCUUACAUGGCGCUAACAAUUACCAAUCGGCACUUACAGUGUUGGAAAAUAUGGAGAAAUCUAUUCAACUGGCUUCAGUCUAUCAGAAACUGGGAUGGAAUAUGCACAAGCAAGGGUUGAACGACGAAGCUAUUCAGUAUUACAAGAAGUCUCUUGAUAUCUCGUUAUUUGGUGGACCUGAGUACGAGUAUCUGGCAAUGCAGUCAUUCAGCUGUAUGGGAAUAUCACACACUUUCCUAGGAAAUUUUGAAAGAGCUGAAAAGUACCAUAUUACUUGUUUAAAUCGCCGUAAAGCUCAGUUGGGAGAAUGUCAUCCAAAUAUUGGCGCCACAAUAAACAAUAUUGGUCUCUUAAUGGACCAGAAGGGGGACUCUGCUAAAGCGCUAGAGUAUCACCUGCAAGCCUUGGACAUCAAGAGAAAGUCUAAAGCGCCUGUGACAUCACUGAUUUAUUCAUUAAGCAAUGUCGCAAAUGCUUAUAAUGCGCUUGGAAGGUACGACGACGCACAUGCUCUGUUAGACGAGGCAAUGAAACUCAUAAGGGAACAAAAAAUACCAAUGAAAGACACAGAAGCGCUUAUUUAUAACACAAGAGGGAAGGUUUGUUCUAAGGCUGGUAAUUUAGAUGGAGCGCAUGAAGCAUUUGCAAUGAGCGUAAAUCUUAGCAAAGAAAUUUCGAUGAAAGGGUUUCUGCUAAUGAAAAGAAUUGUCAGUUUGGCGGAAGUACAAGAGCGCCAGGGGAAUUUUGCAGGGUGUAUGAAAACCAUAAAAGAAGCCAUGAAACUGAAAAAGGAAUCCAUCAAAAGCCUUCCACAUAACACUAUAACUGUUGAGUGCCUUGAAUGUUUGGCAAAGGUAUACAAAGGGACAGAUGACCGUCUGAACUAUGUUCAAACUUUGUACGAUAUAGAAACCGAAUGCUUGAGGCUUGAAAGAGUUUGUCGGCAGCAAAAUUACCUCCAGAAGCUUGAGAAAGUCAGUGAUACCCUAUGGGACAUACGCCAAAAGAUGGAACAUUUGAGUUUGUGAUUUUAUGGUCCAAACUUAUGUGCCAUUGACACGUUUACAAAUAGGAUUUCCAUCAUCAAUGUCUUUUAUUCUGUUUUGUUGCUCCGUGUGCGAUAGAUAUAAACACUUUCAUUUUUAUAUCUGUGUGAAUUCCAUAAUCCUUAAUCUUAAUUACCACACAUGCCUAUACAUUUCUUAUAGGUCGAUGGCAGAGAAGCGCAGUCACAUCUUUGUACAUGUGUAAAUUAUGAGUUUGAUAUAAGUUAUUUUUGAUACUAUUAUUUUUAAUGUUACAAUUGUAUUCAUUCGGUUUUGUUAUACCUGUGGUCUUAUUCUGAUACUUAAUGACAGUGGAUAUCUUCUUCGGCGGAUGGUUUAGGCCACUGGCUUAAUAUCACUUUCACUUGCUGAAGAGUAGAAUUCCGUCAUUUGAGGAAGCCAUCCAGUUGGAAGAUGAAGGUUGUUCAAAUCAGCGGCCCGUCCAUGCCUGAAAUGGUGCUGCUAGGGGCAUCUGGAUCAUCAUCAAAAGUUGGAAAGUCAUCAUAUGACAUAUAAUCGUUAUCUAUGAUGUUACACCCAACAAAAUAAACUUAUUUCAUGAUAGUAAUUAAAGGUCAAAUUUUUCGCAUACUCCUAUGACGUCUUUAAUAAAGUAGAAAAUUUUAGAUUUACUUAAUUAACUUGUUUGGUAUUCUUUGGUUCAAAAUUACGUAUUGAAACAGAUACAAUCUUAUUGUGCUAAAACUGAUAAUCCAUCUUCAAGCUCAUGGUGUAUGAAGUCCCAUUGAGCAGUUAUUAAAACAAAGUGCAUCGGUCAUUAAGCAAAACUUUUUCAGUUGAUAACUGGUUUUGAAAGUUAUAAUGCGUACUGACAUAACAUUGUGUUAAACUACUAUUUAUUUAUUUUAUUUUUUUUGUCAUAAAAGACAUUUAUUAUGCAAAUUCAUUUUUUUUACUACAAGGACAAGGAAAGGGAGUCAAAUGACCUGAAGUUUCACAUGUUUCGGUAUCACCAAAAUAUUUGGCCGUAAUGAUCUUAUCAUUACGAUACAAUGUAUUAACGAUAUUAUUUAUUGUAAUAACGAAAUAUUUUCUCGUAAAAAGGAGAUAUGAAGUCGUCAUGUAAUGAUCUCGUAGUCAUAUGACACGUGUAUACGGGUGAUUUCUGCAAUAAUGACAGAAUAUCUCGUAAUUACGCGAUACGAACGUUUAAGUUUUUGAAAAACGAUAAAAAUUAUUGCAAUAACGAAAUGUUUUCUCGUACGAAACAUGAAGCCAUCAUAACGAGUAUAGAUCUCGAUGUAAUGUGAUAAGGGUUAUUUUCUUAUAAUAAUGAUAUCUCGUAAUUACGGGAUAAGACGUUUUUCCGAAUGAAUCUGUUUGAAAAUUGAUGUAAAAGUUCCAUUUCUGUUUUGUAUAGACCAGAUGAAUUAGAAAUUGCAAAAUGUUUGAUGUUAGGAGUUUCUCAUACCAGUCAUAAAAGUAAAAAGCACAAGUAAAAAGUGUGUAUUUUUUUCUUUU